AUGGCUAGAGAGGUGUUUCCUCUUGCUAAUGCUACUAAUGGCCAUGGAAGCCAACUGGAGUUGACAUGGCUUUGCGUGGUUGCAUUUUCCCUAGCAUUCAUCUCCAUGAUCAUAUUCGCAUGCGGCAAAAGCGAGCAGGAACCUCGCGAAAAGAAGGGUCGUAGUGGUGGCGGCAGAGGGGGCAAUCUUGCCGGAGCUGGUGUUUCUUACUUGGCUAGUGGUGAUUUUAGCAGGGCUAAUUGUGGCGGCGGCAGCGGUGGCUAUGGUGGCAAUGGGGAUGGUGGCUGUGGUGGAAGUGGGGGUGGCGGCGGAGGUUGUGGCGGCAGCGGAGGAGGUUGUGGCGGCGGCGGAGGCGGUGGCGGUAGUUGCUAA